AUGCCCGAUAUGCCGGGCUCUCUCCGUAAAUGUUCCAACUCAACCACGGUUCGAGCGUGCGUCAACUGCCAGAAGAGAAAGAGCCGCUGCAUGAGAGGUAACGCUCUAAAUGACCCAUGUUCGUACUGCGCCAAAACAGGCAAGACGUGCAGCUUCGAGAGCCCACCCGAUCGGACGCCUCUGACCCGGAAGAACCUGGACAAAGCCGAGCUCCGGUGCACGCAGUUGCGAAACCUCCUGCGGUCGCUGAACCCGGAUCUUGAUAUUGAGUCGGCCCUCAGAGAUGCAGACGGACAGCAAGCGGGAGAUGACGAUGACUCGCAUACUCCAGAAGAAUCAGAUGAGAUUACCCCUCACAGCUACGAGUGGCAUGAGGGCUCCUUAUCCCCAGAGUGCAAGUCUUCAACAUAUGAGAAUGACGGCAUGGCCACGCUGUCGACCCACGACUCUGGAUACUUAGACCACCUGCGGAGGACGGUUGACCGACGAGCGCACCGUGGUUCUUAG